UCCAAUGUUUGUCCACAUAAUAUACUUUGCUUGUAAACAUUUCGCACGUAGAAGUCCAUUUCUGUUUGUGAUUUUUAUAGUUUUCAUCAGCUUUUGCACAGUUUUGCUGAACUAUUCCCUGUUUCACCAUGACGGUUUUCAAUCUGGAACAGUUUCCCAACGUUUGCCGGCUCUGUCUAAAGUCGGAGUGCAGUGAAAUGCAUCCCAUCACCAGCAACUUGGAAAAAGUUCGUACGAGCGUCGGAACAUUUUUGACGGAAAUCUCGUUCCGUCCGGCUGAGAACAAAGUUGACUACCUUCCCAAACUGGUGUGCGGAGAUUGCUUCAAGCAGUUGACCGACUUCGCUCUGUUCCGAAACCGAGUGGGUUUGACGCUUCGGUUCAUGGAAGCUCUAGUGGAUCUAAAACAUGCCAAUGCUAAACCGCUCACAACUUUGUUUCAAGAACGCAAGGAUGAACUGGACAUCCUAUUUAGGGAACUUUCCCUGUGUAGCAAACCAGAGCCACAAAUUGAAGACAUUCUGCAGGACUUCCAAACGCAUAAUUUCCCCAAGAGCGAAUUGCCCGUCAAGGAGGUAAAAGAAGAACAUUCCGAUCCGGAGGAUGACACGCAUGACGAUCCGGAUUAUGAAUUUGUCGACGACAAGGGCGUGGAGGCCAAACUAGAGAUAUACCUACGUGAAGACACUCCUGAAAAACAGGAAGCUAGCGGAUCAUCCAGCGAAGAUGAUAAGCCACUCCUUGAUAGGAAAAAGGCUAAGCCCAAGCCUAAGCCUAAGACUAAGUCCCCUUCCAAGUCCAAGUCCAAAUCCAAGUCUGCGUCUACUAAAGACGACAGUAGUGGUCCUAAACGUGCCCGAGGACGUCCGAGACUUCACCCGGAUGGGACAUACCUGAAGGUACCGUGGGCAUGUGACAAAUGCAAGUUUACCACCAAAUACCGGGUGGCCAUCGAACGCCACAAGGGCGUUCACGAGAAGCGCGAAACGCGAAGCUACCCUUGUCCCAGCUGCGACGAAAAGUUCAAGACCUACGACCAAAUGCGAACACACAGCGCGAAACAUCCGGAGAACCAAGUGGUGUGCGAAGUGUGCGGAAUGUCCCUCAAGAAUGCCUACUCCCUGAAGGCACACAUGGAACGGCACGACGAAGACCGGAAGUACGCCUGCGAGUACUGUGACUACACCACCCAGACGAGUCUCUCCCUGAAGUCGCACAUGAGCGGUCACACCAAUCGCGUGCUGACGAUGAGAUGCGAAGUGUGUGGAAUUGCAUUUAAGACAGCAAGUCGCCUGAAGAAACACAUGGAGGGCCACAGCAACGAACGUAAAUACCACUGUGAAGCGUGCCCGGCUCGGUUUAACACUACCAAUGCGCUUCGAAAUCACCGCACGCGGGUACAUUUGGCCAUCCGCCAUGCUUGUGAAUAUUGUGAGAAGACAUACGAUCAGAAGAUUGCCCUACGAGAUCACAUCGAGCGAAUCCAUAAUAUUCAAUGCAACUUCAUAUGCGACGUGUGCGUAGUGACUUACGAAAGCCAGGAGAGACUGGAUCUCCACAAGCAGCGCCAUGAAAAUCCGAAACCCAUGGAGUGCAGACUCUGCCUGACGCUGUACACCACCCAGGAAGACUUCGAUAAUCACCUAUGUAUCACUUAUCGGGAUGACUACAUGUGCUGCAACAAGGAUCUGCGUAAUCAUAACCAAUACAAUCGGCACAUGCUGGUCAAACACGGUCUCAAGACCAAUGUCAGAGUGAAACCCGUUCCGGGAAUGUUGUUGGGCCAGCUGAGAGGAGCCAGGAAGCGUCUGGAGCAGUGUCGCAAGUGUGACAUAGCAUUCCCCUCCAGAGCGUUGAAACUGCAACAUAUGAUGGUGUGCAACCGAUCGUCAGAAUCUCAAGCCGAAUUUUCCAAUCCUGAGGGAAGCGUAGAAAUGCAUACUGGCUUCUAGAAAUACGAAACUUUUAUUCUGCAUGAAGAUGUGUUGUCCAUCUUAGUACAUUCGAACAUUCCUUUGAACGUGAAUUCAGUAGAUUUUGAAGAAGAUCUUAGUGUGGCCCAAUCCAAUAUACUGUUUAUUCUAUA